AUGGGCAAGGCAGAUGACAGAAUCUGGGCAGACGGCCAGGUUGCCUCUGCUUUAACCAAGCCCGACUCGGAUACUGAAAUGCCGACCUUUACUGGCGAAGCUGAGAUGGUCCGGCGAGAUGUCAGCCUCAUCGUCGACUGGGACGGCCCAGACGACCCAGAGAAUCCUCACAAUUGGACGAGGAAGCAAAAGGCAGUUUACAUUACCAUCAUUGCUGUCAUCACUUUCAUAACUCCGCUGGCAUCCUCCAUCUUCGCACCGAGCACUGAGCAGGUAAUGGAAGAAUUUGGAUCAGACAGCACAAUGCUUGCAUCUUUCAUCGUCUCGGUGUACCUGGUUGGAUACUGCUUCGGUCCUCUUGUGAUCGCACCGUUGUCGGAGAUGUACGGGCGCUCCCCGCUGUACUAUAUCUGCAAUGUGAUCUUUGUCGUCUUCACUGUUGCGUGUGCCGGAACUUUGGCGGACAUGAUCGGCCCAGAGAAGAGAGGAAUGGCGAUGUCCUGGUGGAUAUGCGGCCUAUUGCUUGGGCCAGUCAUCGGUCCCAUCGCCGGCGGUUACUUGGCCGAGAAUAAAGGUUGGAGGUGGUCCUCUUGGGUGGUUGCCAUGGCUGCCGGAUUUGUGACCAUACUGUCUUUUGUCUUUCUUCAUGAGUCGUAUGCCCAUACGCUACUCGAGAAAAAGACACGGCGUCUUCGAAAGGAGACCGGUAACUCCGAGCUUCGCUCAGCGCUAGACACCGGUAUGGCAAGCAAGGAGGUCUUCAAAGUCUCUAUUGUUCGCCCCACGAAGAUGCUUUUCUUGAGCCCAAUCGUUUCUAGUUUGUCUCUGGACAUGGCAGUCCUAUACGGAUACCUCUACAUGCUGUUCACGACCUUCCCCUCGCUCUUUAUGUAUGAGUACGGGUUCUCUGAAGGUAACAUUGGUCUUACGUAUCUGGGCAUUGGCAUCGGAUCGGCCAUUGGCCUGUUCAUCAACGCCAAUGUCUCUGAUCGAGUGGCAAUCCAUAUGAAGACGAUGCGCGGGGGAGUACAUCAACCAGAGUAUCGGCUACCGCCGGCCAUGUAUGCCUGUUGGCUGAUUCCCACGGGUGUCCUCUGGUUCGGAUGGACCGCCGAUUAUCAUUGCCAUUGGAUCCUUCCGAUCCUGGGCACAGGUGUCUUCGGCGUUGGCGUUGGCGUCGUCAUUCUCAUGAUGUCGAUGGCUAUCUAUGUAGUAGACGCUUUCGAUAUAUACGCAGCAUCGGCGACAGCUGCCACGACUGUUCUGAGGUCUUUGCUUGGCGCGCUGCUGCCAUUGGGAGGCCGUGAUCUAUUCGAUAACCUUGGAAUGGGCUGGGGAAGCUCUCUGCUUGGGUUCCUUGCGCUGGCCAUGACACCUUUGCCAUUUAUCUUUUACCGCUACGGCGAGCGCUUCCGCAAAGUCACACUCUUCAACGUAGAGUUCUGA